CGCACAACGAUUUUGAGACAAUAGCCUCCGGCAACGCCAGCUCAGAUAGUGCCUCUUGCUGCCCUUGUCAUGGCGAUGGCGUCAACUCUUGCCCUCAUUGUUGCUCCUGUUCUGGCGACCACUUCUGCUGCAGCAGAACAUGCAGUUGUGGAAUUGGCAGUCUCAGCGGUCAUGUUUGCCCUGGUCAUGGAAACCGGAUUGGCGCCACAAGAGAAAGCGAGCACAGGCCGGCAUUUGUAGGUGAACACUGCAGUCACAGUUUGCCCUGUUCCUCAGCUGCCUCAUGCUCCUCACCCUCAUCCUCGUCGUCGUCCUCCUCCGCCGCAUCGUCUCACUCUU